GAGUGUGUGACAGCGAGAAAGCAAGAAGAUGAGUGUUGACAUUUGAGGAGAGGUUGGGGUCUUUGACUCAUGUGGCUACGUGGAUUCACGCUAUGAGCGUGUUCAGCAACAGAUACAAAUCAAACAUAUCUGGAUAACUGAUCCAAGAAGAAUUACCAGGAGAUUCUGAGUUUGGACCGGACCAUUUCAGCUGAAGGGUUGGACUCGACCAGGCUCCGAUAGCAGCCAUUUCCCAGAAGACUCGACUCGACCGACAACUGCUGGCUAAACAUCCUGGACUUACAGGAUCUGUAGGUUCUUGUGAUAGAAAAUUACUUAUCAAAACGUAACUACAGUUAGGUGGAAACUUCAACCCAUCUUCCCUGGUUUUCUGGGCGCACAGUAUUGAGUCAGGAUAUUUGUGAAUGAUGAUUCAGUGUGAUCUCUCCGCACCUAAGGUGAGUGUGUGUGUGUGUGUAUGUCUGCUUGGCCAGCUUGAGCUCUUACAGAAGAUCUCAAAGGGAGAUUUCCUCUACUUUUUGUCUGUGACAUGCUCUGAUUCAUCAACACAGAAAUAGUGUAGAAAGUUCCCACCAAGUCUGUAAACGCAGCACAAAGAGCGGAGUGCGACCCUGCAGAACCCAGAGCUCACAUAAGGUAACAAUAGUAUUUUAAAACACCUGAGCAUCGGGACAUCCUGCCACAUGUUCAUCAAGGACGCUGGAAGUUUCCACAUUGUUGAGGCUGCUUCAUGCAACAGCACUGAGGGCCAAGAUUGAAGCUGUAUUGUUUCUUUGAAUGUAUGAGACUGUUUAAGACUGUUUCGCUUUUCUUUGACGGACAAACCCUGGAAUGAGAAAGACUCCAGGCUGGAUGUGAUCUCUGGAUGUAACGAUCACAAUCACAACUUUUGCUCCUUAGUUCUCGUUUCUGUGGGACUUGCUUGGACUUGAGCUAAAGCAUAAAACUUUGAACUGUUUCAACUUUAAACUCCACAUCAUCAUCUACAGUGCAACUGCUGGACAUCCAGAACGUCUCACUGUAGAUUGUUUAUUUAUUGUCUUCUCCUACACUCACCCAGUUAUGGAUUCACAGGGGGGACCAUACCUCAACAAGAGGGCCCUCUGCUCACCUCUGGGUGCGGCCCGCCUCUGCCAGCUAGCUAUGGGUUGUGCUGUGAUUGCAAUGGUAACCCACAGUGCCGGCUUCAGUGGUUCACACGGGGUGUUCUGUAUGGCGGCGUGGUGCUUCUGCUUCGCCAUGUCGGUUGUGGUGUUUUUCCUGGAUGCUACUCGUCUCUACAGUUGCCUGCCCAUAUCCUGGGACAACCUCACGGUCACGUGUGCUGCCUUCGCAACACUCAUGUAUGUGACAGCCUCUGUGGUCUACCCGCUCUUCUUUGUCCAUUCUGAGUGCCCCUACGCAGGCUGUGAUGUCCGAAUUUUCCGCAUCGCAGUGACCGUCUGCUCCAUCCUGGGUGCUCUGGCCUAUGGGGCUGAAGUGGCCUUGUGCCGUGCCAGACCAGGUCGCACCGUGGUGGGCUACAUGGCCACAGCCUCUGGCCUCCUAAAAGUCGUUCAGGGCUUUGUGGCCUUCAUCAUCUUUGGAGCUCUGGCUAACGGGAGCGAGUAUUCCCGUUAUGCUGCCACAAUCUACUGUGUUGUCGUGUAUGCUUUCUGCUUCACUCUGACCACGCUGGUGGUCAUAAUGACGGUGGGUGGACGGACAAAAGCUGUGCGCUGCAUGUCCUUUGACCGCUUCGUGGUGGUGUGCACCCUCCUGGAAGUCCUGCUCUACCUGAGUGCAUCAGUGGUGUGGCCGGUGUUCUGCUUUGACACAAAAUAUGGCUCUCCAUCAAGACCAUCAUCAUGCCCUCUGGGGAAGUGUCCGUGGGACAGCAAGGUGGUGGUGGCAGUAUUCUCCUUCGUCAACCUUGGACUGUAUGUGGCGGACCUAGUCUACUCCCAGAGGAUACGAUUUGUCUCCUCACAAAUGCCCACUAACUCACGAGUGUAGCAUGUGGAAGCAUAUUACACAGCACUGACUUAACAGGUUUAAGUUACUAAUCUUCACUGUUUAUGAAUUAGUUUGUGCAUUUAUUUCAA